AUGGCGAAAGGUACCAAAAGAGGCUCCCCCGGCGCCGAGGCCGAGAAAAGCCCACUGUCCAACGUCGAACUCAGCGAUGAGGACGCCAAAAAGCUGCAACAGAUCCAACGCGAUCUUGCGCGUGCUGAGCUCGUUCUUGAACGCCAGGCUCAAGCUACGCUGCGCCCUGUAUACGAAAAGCGCCGCGAAAUCACGAAAACCAUUCCUAAUUUCUGGCCGGUGGCACUCAUGAACCACAGCCUCGUCGCGUACCAUGCCCAACACAACGCUGACCAGACGGCGCUGAGCUACCUGGAGGAUAUCUGGGUCGAGAAGGACCCCAAAGAGCACAGAUGCUUCACCAUUGAAUUCCACUUCAAGGAGAACCAGUUCUUCAACGACAAGGUCCUCAAGAAGGAGUACAAAUAUGUCCCGCCACCUGCUGCCGAAAACGAGAAGGCGGAUGAGAAUGGCAUCACAGAGUCGAUGCUCGACUUUUCCUGGGACCGUGAUGUGAAAAUCUCGACCAUCAAAGUUGACUGGAAAGACGCCGAGAAGGCUUUAACCAAAGUCUACCCUCGCGAAUCUGGCGAGGACGAGGACGACAUCGCCGACCCCGGCAGUUUCUUCAACUUUUUCGAGAAAGAGGCAGACCCGUCUGAGGUUGGAGUGGUGAUCGCCAACGAGGUGUUCCCCGAGGCGAUCGAGUACUUCUUGGGCAAUGUGGAGGGCGACGACGACAUUACAGACUCUGAAGAGGAGGAAGAUGAAGAAGACGAGGCUGAGAUCGACCUUGAGAAGCCGCGUACCAAGAAACGCAAGGUUUAG